ACGAGAAACGCAGUGAACACGCAGUUUUACUUCAUUGUGUUGCUGUGUUAUGUUAUUAUUAAUAUUAUUAUUACACAGGUCCUGAAGUGAAGACACGAUGGCGUCAGAUUCAAACAAGUUCACUGUGAAGUUUUUCACCUUCCUGUUGUUUACUUCCCAGGUGUCACUGGCAUAUUCCUCACGCUCACUCCUAACUGACGGAAAAGUCACUCAGCAUGCAGUUAAAGGAUUAUUCCGCAACAGAAGGCAGAUGUGUCCAGAUGGCACCUACGACUAUGAAGGGAGGACUUGUUGUUUGUGUGGUGCCGGCCUUCGUCUGGAAAGCCACUGCUCUGUGAAACCGAGUGAUGGUCAGUGUGAGCUCUGUGAUCCAGGGACGUACAGCAGUGAUCCUAACUCCCAGAUGUUUUGUGAGCCCUGUACAUCCUGUGAACAUCCCAACGCAAACCUAGAGGUGGUGGAACCCUGUACCAGUGCCAGGAACACUAAAUGUGGAUGUAAGAAAGGUCACUAUUGCGACACAGAAACGUGCACACUCUGUCAUCCUUGUCAAGAAUGUGGCACCGAGGGCGUCAAAGUGGCCUGCACCGGCACCAACAAUACAAUCUGUAAUGACAUAGCCCAAGGGGGAAAUGAUGCCAUCAUCGGUGGUGUAAUUGCCCUAAUUUUUCUUCUGAUACUCGCUGGACUGUUGUCCUUUUACUUUUGUAGGAGGCGAAGGAGAAGGUUCAGUCCAAGUCAAGAGUCUGCAGCUCAAACGAACGGCACUGCGACCGAGAUGGUGUUGCUGCCUGUUAAGGUUUCAGAUCUCCAUCGUCACCUGCAUGACGUUGCAGGCAUUUUGGGAUGGAAGGACAUGAACGAGGUAGCAAUACGUACAGAGAUUCCAAAAACCGUUAUUGAGAAUUGCCAAUUGAAUCACCCGGGCAACGCUGGGGAUCAAACAGUGGAGCUGCUGGAUAUAUUUUGUGAGAAACACGGCCGGACCGCCGCGUCGACUCUGAUCGACGCGUUGCAAAAAAGUGGUAAAAAGGACAAAGAGGAGAAAGUGACUGAGCUUCUGCGCCGUGAUGACAACGCUGCCUAGUUGAAUAUCUGACACGUGUCUGUUGUGUGAGCACUAUUAGAAUAUUUGCAUUUCUGUCUGCCUACCUGUUGAGAUGUUUACAUGAAAGUUUCUAGCUGUUAGGCUGUAAAGUCCCAGUCGACUGGUCAAUUUAUGAGUCGUUCUGGCUCCACUCAAAUUCUGAUUGGUCGACUUUUGCCGUGUCAAUUUCAUACAGUCUAUGGUUAAUUUGAUUUCAUCAGGAGGAAAGUACCUUGUUUUCAGUAUUUUGGAUUAGCCCAAUCCACUAAAGAAAGAUUAAAGAACGCCCGGUGGGUUUAUUUAAUUUUGAGCUCUUAUUUUAGGCUACAGUCCGUCCUUCUCUAACAUCCAUGUCAAAGACAUCAGCAGUGUGGCAGCAUUUUACAAAAUUUUACAGAAUUUGUGCUCCUCUUGCGAUAGACAUACAUGAAUGCUCCGAAAGAGCUCAAAAUUGACCCUGUGGCGCGGAUGCCGUGGCAUGAAGCAAAAAUGUGCGUUUGUGGUGUGACCGCAGCAGUGUCAGGGUGAGGGUUAAGAUAGGAGGUAGCCACACUUUGCACGAGUUUAGAACAAAUCGAGUUUCCAGUAUUGAUUUUGUAGUGACGUCAGGGAGUGGCCUCUCAUCAAUGAUUGGGGAACACAGAGAAAUGGAUGCUUCGGCACCUGCUACAUUUCAACAAAUAUAGUGACGUCACUUUUUUUGUCAUUAUUUCUUGGACAACAAUGUAUAAAUCCCCUGACUUCUGUGAAAGCAACAAUUGUGGACAAAAAGAAUGUAGAAAUAUUAAUAUUAUUAUUAUUAUUAUAAAUAUUAAAACGUGUGUAAAGGACCAUCAGCAUGUUUAUGUGUCAAGUUAGCAACUGUUGUGUUGUAUCUGUGUUUUUUGUGUGGAAAAGUGCAUCUAAAAACACACAAAUAUAGAGUUUAAAAAUAAACUUCUGGUUAAGCUGGAAAUAAGUUUGAUGAUGUCAAAU